GUUAGUUCUACUGGCAUAAUACUUGUCGGUACCAGUGGGUCCGAAAUCAAAUUUUAACGUACAUCUAAGUUAAUACAUUUGUAUUCCCUUUUGUGGAAUUUAAAUAUAUAUUUUUUUUUUUUUACCACGUACGUAUAUAUAUAUAUGUACACACGGAUAACACUACGACUGAGCCUUCAAAGAAGUCCAUGUUGACAUCAUGCUAACAGAUCUAGCCAGCGAUUCUACAGUAGCCUAGAGGAAUCUGGUACUACCGGGCCGUGGUUUACUACCUCCAGAACACGUUGAGGUUUAUACCGGUCUGUUUACCAUGUCAUCCAGGAAAGAAAAUGGUUUCAGGUCCCUGUUAUCUGGUCUACUGUUUAUUCUGCUCUGCGAAGUAGUUUUCUUUGCUAGCGCUAGUAAGAGUUUUGAAGAUGUUCGCUGUAAGUGUAUCUGUCCGUCAUACAGAAACAUAACUGGACACAUCUACAACAGGAAUGUCACUCAAAAAGAUUGUAACUGUCUUCAUGUGGUGGAUCCUAUGCCAGUACCAGGCCAUGACAUUGAAGCCUACUGUCUGCUGUGUGAGUGCAAGUACGAGGAACGCAGUAGCAACACGAUUAAGGUGACCAUCAUCAUCUACCUGUCAGUUGUGGGUUCUCUGCUACUCUACAUGUUAUUCUUGCUGCUGGUUGACCCUCUCAUCCGUAAACAUGACCCCUACAUCCAGCCCCUUCACAACGAGGACGACUCAGAGGACUUGCAGCCUCAGCCUGAAGGAGGCGCUGUUGCACAGGGCAGAGGUAACACCGUACUGGAGAGAGUAGAUGGGGCACAGCAGCGUUGGAAGAAACAGGUCCAAGAACAGCGCAAGACUGUCUUUGACCGACACAAGAUGCUUAGUUAAACCCAAAUGGCUGACUUCAGAUCAGUCUUCAGAAGAGACCCCCCCAAGCUUUGUCCACCUCAACUGUUUUAAUGUUAUUAACCAGCUCCAUCGUUGUUCAGGUUUUCUGCCCCUUUUUUCAUUUCAAUGAAUACCAUGGGGACAGCCAGGUUAGUUUAUGUACCAGUCUUAUGGGGAGAUUGUUAGGAAUGAUAGCACACAAUGAUGCUGUAAUGACUCAGCAGCAUAUGAAUAUAGAUGGGAUAGAUGUGUACGAGAAGCAUAACCAAACUAAGCUUAAUGGAAGUUUGUAUUGAAUGAUCAUCUCUGCGUCAUCUGCAUGCAAUGGUACCAUGAAACUGGAUGUUUAAAAAUUUAUCUUACAAGAAUGUAACUGGUUCUGAGUUCCAAACCUUUUUUGGAUAGUCAUUCACAAUUGCAGCACUAAUGUUUUUCAACAAGCUCUCUCAGCGGUAUAGAUCUCGUAUGUAGACUUAACAGCUGUGAAUUGUAAAAUCACUAAAAACAGGCUUCAUUGUUUUUCUUCGUUAGCUAGUGCCAAGCAAUGGUCAUUCUCUAGUUUUAGCAUGGUACAGCAGAACCAGUUAUUAGUUUGCAUCACACUCCAUGGAAAGGGAUGUUUAUGCACUUGAAGACACAAAAUGAAUAUAUAUUUGCAUAUUAUGAUUGGGAUUUGUUGGGAUGGGAUUUGUUGUCUUUGAGAGAGAAGUCUUCAGAGGCUGUUUCUUCCGGCAGUACAGGUAAGUCUAUGGAUCUUUGAGUAUGGUGAAUGGCUUAUAAUGUUUUUGAUGAUGUAGUAGUACACUGUUAAGUCACUCCUGUGGAACUACAGGGAUUCCAAUCGCUAAUGGAUUUACAUGAUUCCAGAGAAAUAUGAAAUAUGCAGUCAGUGUUUCACAUCCCAUUAGCUUUGCACUGAGAUAGUCUGCACUGGACAUUUCCAGUCACAAUAUAUUAAGCCAUGCUGGUGAGUGUUUUUUGAGUGAACAUACUUUGAGAAUUGAUUAAAUUAUAUGCAUUUUAUGCUUUGUAAAUCUAUGUUUUAGCUUGUGUACUUUAACUCGUACAGUAAGUUUUCUUUGAGAACAGGUUUUAUUACAUUGUUUCUCAUUCACACUGUCUUUGGAAAACAAUAAAAUGUUCUAUUGGUUCAGCUUAUCCAUCCUCUUCAUGUGAUUCGGUGAAAUCAAUGUAUCGUGGGUUGAUUGAUUCCGCUUUUGUUUUUACUGACAUAAUAAACCUCCUGUUGCCUGCUUCUUUA